CAUGGAGAGUUUCUGGCUCUGGACCUUGGAGGGACCAACUUCCGUGUGCUUUGGGUGAAAGUAACAGACAAUGGGCUCCAGAAGGUCGAGAUGGAGAACCAGAUCUACGCCAUCCCUGAGGACAUCAUGCGAGGCAGUGGCACCCAGUUAUUUGACCACAUUGCCGAAUGCCUGGCUAACUUCAUGGAGAAGCUGCAGAUCAAAGAGAAGAAGCUCCCAUUGGGUUUCACCUUCUCGUUCCCCUGCCACCAGACUAAACUAGACGAGAGUUUUCUGGUCUCCUGGACGAAGGGGUUCAAGUCCAGUGGAGUGGAAGGCAGAGAUGUCGUGGCACUGAUCCGCAAGGCCAUUCAGCGGAGAGGGGACUUUGAUAUUGACAUCGUGGCCGUGGUGAACGACACUGUUGGGACCAUGAUGACCUGUGGUUAUGAUGACCACAACUGUGAAAUUGGUCUCAUUGUGGGCACAGGCAGCAACGCCUGCUACAUGGAGGAGAUGCGCCACAUCGACAUGGUGGAGGGCGACGAGGGGCGCAUGUGCGUCAACAUGGAGUGGGGGGCCUUUGGGGACGACGGUGCGCUCAACGACAUCCGCACUGAGUUUGACCGGGAGAUCGACAUGGGGUCGCUGAACCCUGGGAAGCAGCUGUUUGAGAAGAUGAUCAGUGGGAUGUACAUGGGGGAGCUGGUGCGGCUCAUCCUGGUGAAGAUGGCCAGGGAGGAGCUACUCUUUGGCGGGAAGCUCAGCCCGGAACUCCUCACCACGGGUCGUUUUGAGACUAAGGACAUUUCAGACAUCGAAGGGGAGAAAGAUGGCAUCCGGAAGGCCCGCGAGGUCCUUGUGCGGCUGGGCCUGGACCCGACGCAGGAGGACUGCGUGGCCACUCACCGCAUCUGCCAGAUCGUGUCCACACGCUCAGCCAGCCUGUGCGCGGCCACGCUGGCCGCCGUGCUGCGGCGCAUCAAGGAGAACAAGGGUGACGAUCGGCUUCGCUCCACCAUCGGGGUCGAUGGCUCCGUCUACAAGAAACACCCCCAUUUCGCCAAGCGUCUUCACAAGGCUGUGCGGCGGCUGGUGCCUGACUGCGAUGUCCGCUUCCUCCGCUCUGAGGACGGCAGUGGCAAGGGCGCAGCCAUGGUGACGGCAGUGGCUUACCGGUUAGCCGACCAGCACCGAGCCCGCCAAAACACCCUCGAGCCUCUGAAGCUGAGCCAUGAGCAGCUCCUGGAGGUCAAGAGGAGGAUGAAGCUAGAAAUGGAGCGAGGUCUGAGCAAGGAGACGCACGCCAUUGCCCCCGUCAAGAUGCUGCCCACCUACGUGUGUGCCACCCCUGAUGGCACAGAGAAAGGGGACUUCCUGGCCUUGGACCUUGGAGGAACCAAUUUCCGGGUCCUGCUGGUGCGCGUGCGGAACGGGAAGUGGGGCGGAGUCGAGAUGCACAACAAGAUCUACUCCAUCCCGCAGGAGGUCAUGCAUGGCACUGGGGACGAGCUGUUCGACCACAUCGUCCAGUGCAUCGCCGACUUCCUCGAGUACAUGGGCAUGAAGGGUGUGUCCCUGCCACUGGGUUUUACCUUCUCCUUCCCCUGCCAGCAGAACAGCUUGGACGAGAGUAUCCUCCUCAAGUGGACAAAAGGCUUCAAGGCAUCUGGCUGCGAGGGCGAGGACGUGGUCACCCUGCUGAAGGAAGCCAUCCACCGGCGAGAGGAGUUUGACCUGGAUGUGGUUGCUGUGGUGAACGACACGGUCGGGACUAUGAUGACCUGUGGCUACGAAGACCCUCACUGUGAAGUGGGCCUCAUCGUUGGCACGGGCAGCAACGCCUGCUACAUGGAGGAGAUGCGCAACGUGGAGCUGGUGGAAGGAGAGGAGGGGCGGAUGUGCGUCAACAUGGAGUGGGGGGCCUUCGGGGACAAUGGCUGCCUCGACGACUUCCGCACGGAAUUUGAUGUGGCCGUGGACGAACUUUCCCUCAACUCCGGCAAGCAGAGGUUUGAGAAGAUGAUCAGUGGAAUGUAUCUGGGCGAGAUUGUCCGGAACAUCCUCAUCGACUUUACCAAGCGUGGGCUGCUCUUCCGAGGCCGUAUCUCAGAGCGGCUCAAGACAAGGGGAAUCUUUGAAACCAAGUUCCUAUCUCAGAUUGAGAGCGACUGCCUGGCCCUGCUGCAGGUCCGAGCCAUCCUGCAGCACCUGGGGCUUGAGAGCACCUGCGACGACAGCAUCAUCGUCAAAGAGGUGUGCACUGUGGUGGCGCGGCGGGCAGCCCAGCUCUGUGGCGCAGGCAUGGCUGCCGUGGUGGACAAGAUACGAGAAAACCGCGGGCUGGACACUCUCAAAGUGACAGUGGGUGUGGAUGGGACCCUCUACAAGCUCCAUCCUCACUUUGCUAAAGUCAUGCACGAGACGGUGAAGGACCUGGCUCCGAAAUGUGAUGUGUCCUUCCUGGAGUCAGAGGAUGGCAGUGGGAAGGGGGCAGCUCUCAUCACUGCCGUGGCCUGCCGCAUCCGUGAGGCUGGACAGCGAUAGAACCUCUGAAAUCGGAAGGGACUUCCUCUGGCUCCCCCUCCUCCCUGUGUCAUCCCCUUGUGUCAGAGACAGAUGCCUUGGCUUUUCCUUGGCAGAGAGGACCCCAUCAGACUUGGUUUUUUCUCUGCCUACACUCACUGUAGAAUUUGGUGCCCGAACCUUGGCUUUCCAAGAUAAACACAAUU